GAAAUUUUCUUUUGAACAACAAAAGCUAGUGUCCCUCAAUCCUCCUUUUUGAAUUUACAGUACACCGAGCCACCUCACUCACCAAUUUGAAACGGUUACUUUUUCAAUUAAAUCCCUUCUUUCCUCUAAACAAAGAAGAUUAAUGUCUCCUUCACAAAACCAAAAGAAAAAAUGCAACAAAUCGCUCAACACAUCCCCUCAAUCUCCAUUAAACCUUUUUCACCUCCUCUAAUUUUACUUACCCACAAAUUUACAUCCAAAACCCACCUCAAAAACACCAAAAUUUCUGCAAAAUGGGGCAAAAAACGAUCUGGGUCUCAAAGAUCUCGCAAAUUCAUCCUCAAUUCAAUCGCAUACGUUGCUUCAAGUCUCAAGAUUCUACCUGAACCGUUCGAUUCACUAAUGAGAGAAUUCUUGGUUGUGGGUGGUGGCAAUGGCGGCAAAAUUGGGUUCAGAAAUGGUUUUGGAGGUGGUGGUGGUGAUGGUCAAGGAAGAAGUCGUAGGAGAGAGAAUUUAGGGUUUUGGGUGGUUUUGUUGAUUUCUUCAAGUUUGGCUUUAUGGGUUGUUUUGGAGAAAGAAAAAGAGAGUGAAUUAGGUUUCUGGGUUUUGUUGGUUUGUGUUUCUGCAUUUGCUGUUUACUGCUUGCUGAAAGGGUGGAGGAGAGAGAUUAAAGAUUGGGUUUUUGGUUUUUCUUGUGGUGCUGUGUUAAUGGGUUUGGUAAUGAAGAACAAUGAGAGUUUUGUGAGAUUGGUUGAUCAUUUUAAGGCGAAUUUUUCACACUUUUUGUUCAUUUCAAAGAAAAAGAGAAGAGGUAGAAGAUGGAUAUAAGUAUAUCUGGAAUUUAGUUUCUUAUGUAGUUACUGUUUGUUAUUUGGAUUUGCAAUUUUGGCUUGUGUAAAUCCAGGAAAUUGUAAUUGAGCUAUGUUGAGAAGAAAUGUUAUGUUGAUCAUUCUUUGCGGUUGAAA